GAAGUUCUCUGGAGAAAGUCAGUGACUUUAAAAUGCCCACAGAUGCUAGAAGAAUGAAGAGACGGCACAUCACCUGCAGAGAGAGAGCUCUGCUUAUGAUAAUGUCAACAAAGUUCGAGUAGCUAUCAAGAAAAUCAGUCCUUUUGAGCACCAGACCUACUGCCAGAGAACGCUGAGAGAGAUAAAAAUCUUGCUGCGCUUCAGACACGAGAACAUCAUCGGGAUCAAUGACAUUAUCCGAGCGCCGACCAUCGAGCAGAUGAAAGAUGUAUACAUAGUACAGGACCUCAUGGAAACAGAUCUCUACAAGCUUUUGAAGACGCAACACCUCAGCAAUGACCAUAUCUGCUAUUUUCUUUACCAGAUCCUCAGAGGGUUAAAGUAUAUCCAUUCAGCCAACGUGCUGCACCGCGACCUCAAACCUUCCAACCUGCUGCUCAACACCACCUGCGAUCUCAAGAUCUGUGACUUUGGCUUGGCCCGUGUUGCAGAUCCGGACCACGACCACACAGGGUUCCUGACAGAGUACGUGGCCACUCGCUGGUACCGGGCUCCAGAAAUCAUGUUGAAUUCCAAGGGCUACACCAAGUCCAUCGACAUCUGGUCCGUGGGCUGCAUCCUAGCCGAGAUGCUCUCCAACAGGCCCAUCUUCCCCGGGAAGCAUUACCUCGACCAGCUGAACCACAUUCUGGGUAUUCUUGGAUCCCCAUCGCAGGAAGACCUGAAUUGUAUAAUAAAUUUAAAAGCUAGAAACUAUCUGCUCUCUCUUCCACACAAAAAUAAGGUGCCGUGGAACAGGCUGUUCCCGAACGCUGACUCCAAAGCUCUGGAUUUACUGGACAAAAUGUUGACGUUCAACCCUCACAAGAGGAUCGAGGUGGAGCAGGCUCUGGCUCACCCGUACCUGGAGCAGUACUACGACCCGAGUGACGAGCCCGUUGCCGAAGCACCCUUCAAGUUUGACAUGGAAUUGGACGACUUGCCCAAGGAAAAGCUCAAAGAGCUCAUUUUUGAAGAGACUGCUCGAUUCCAGCCGGGAUACCGAUCUUAACGUUGUCAGGACACGGGCCCAAGGACGGCAUGCAGACCCCACGGCUCUCCUGCAGCUCCUGGCCCGCCCGUCCCCAGCCCGUCUGCGUGUCCACCUGACUCCUCUGAGCCGUCGGAGGGGCGGCUUCUGUGCUUUCAAAGAACUCCCUCCGGCCAGAGCGCCGUCGGCGCCGUUCUGGCCCCGUGUCGUCGCCUCCGUGACCGCGGCUGUGCGUCCCUCAGGGCUCCCCGCCCACCUUGCUUCAGUCACUAGCCGCCUUCUGCUCUGAGAGAUGCCGUGUCCCCCCCCCCAGCGUCCCGCCCUGUCUCCCGCGGCCCCGUCUCCCGGGCGCUUUGCGGCAGUGACAGCCCCCUUUGCACUCCUGCCACCUCACAUCCCGCUGAUGCCUCACGGGCGUCAGGGGCAGAGCGCUGUCUCUUCUCCAAACAGAAGGAGGAGGCCUGCAGCUCACCUGCCCCGGCGGGGGCGCAGCACACACGCGGCCCCGCCCGCUCGCAGG